AUGUCAACUUGUUACCAGUCUUCUAUACCGACUACUGUUCCGCAUUCUUAUACAGAAAGAAGGGAAACUCAUAUGCUUUCAGACGGCGAGCGGAAGAAGAGGCGGCCGCCCAAUACUGGAUCGAAGUUACUGGAAAGGCAGGAGAACGAAAUGCUAUUUUCAAUAAUUGGACCCGAUAAUGUGUCCCUGUCUGCUGCCGUAGUUGAAUUACUUUUCGUUGAAAGCAGGCAGUGGAAGCUCACGUUUCGGGGUGUUAUAUCGUUGGUAAAGGACUACCAAAACCGAGCAUACUUCUUGCGUCUGUACGAUAUCCUGAGCGGUCGAAAGCUGUGGGAUUUCAGAUUGUACGUUUUUCAAGCAUUUUUUGAGCUGAUUAGGAGAUGCUGCGUUGCUUGGUUCAUAUUGUUAAAUCUUUAUUUGUAG